AUGUUGCGCCGAGCCGCCUUUGUGCCUGCAGAGAGGCGGGACGGUGUUGGAGAGCGCCAACUUCAAAGUGGCACUGCGCUCUCGAGCUAUUUCAUGGCCCCACGCUCCAACGGAUGCAAAGCUCGGAAUGGGGACGGCUACGACUUCUGCUGGAAGUGCUGGAAGGUUCGAGACUCCGCGAAGACUGCGAACCACGGUGCGGCCAGCUCCCAGGACGACACAGAUGCCGAGGAUGCCACCAAAGCAACGCUCAAGCAGUUACGGGUACACCUGGCAGAACUUCGACGGCAUGCGGAGGACCCAGACUUGGCUAAGCACGUCCAGGGGAACGUCGACAUCGUGCAGACAGAAGUUGAUGAGUUGCAGACAGCUGUCGACAGCGGCAGCGACAUCCCACGUUGCUUCUCGGAGUGCAAGCUUGUCCGGGAGAGGAACAACACGCAGGCGCAGCGUGAACGCACCCAGGAGCGGGUCGAGAUGCUGGAGCAGGAAAUCAAGGAGGCCCAGGAGAAGCUUGACAGGGAGAAAGCCUUCUUGGCCAGACAAGAUGAGAAGUUGCAGAAGCAGAGUGCCCGCAUCGAAGAGCUCAGCGUGCCCAGGGCGGGCAAGGGCUGGAGAGCGGCCGUGUCCUUCCUGGAGCAAGCCAAGAAGUGCCUGCGCGACCAGGAGACAGACGCCAAUAUCGCCGAAGCCGCCCACGACAAGCAGCAGAGGCACAAGCGCAGAGCCGAGGAGGAGAUCAAGCAGGAGUUGGUCUCUUUCCCCCAGAACGCCGACGCGACGCAUAUCACCAAGAUCAUGCAGGAGGCAGGCUGCACGGCAGAGCAGAUCGAGCGCCAUCGGCCUCACCUUCUUCCUCUGCUGGCUGGCAUGCAGCCUGGCACCGCGCUCACCAUCAGCAAGAGCAUGUGGACGCAGGGGCAGGGGUUCUUCGCCACCAACGCGAACUCCAUCGGCACGCUGGAGCGUACUAUGCGCUCCAUCAGGUACACGUACAAGUAUCCCAUCAUCAUGGCGCAGGAGCUGCAGGCUAGCGAGCACAGCAUCUCCUGCUUCACGCAACGCAUGCAGAAUGAGGGCUGGAUGCUGGGCAUCGCGCCUAGCGUCCGCACCGCGCGGGGGGGCUGGAGCGCAGGGGUGCUCCUGGCGACCGUGCGGCCAAACAACAUGUGCUACGCCAGGGGGCUCGACGCGUGGGACAUCUCGCCCCGCGAGUCCAAGGGCCGCCUCGCGAUUGGCUGGGUUCACGCCCUCGGCAAGGAGGGCAUCACCAUAGGCACAGCCUACCUCUGGGUCAGCGAGGGCAUGGCAGACCGCAACAGGGCCAUCCUUCGGAACUUCACUACGGCCGCUGCGGCGGCGGGGAAGUACUGGAUCCUGGGCGGCGAUUUCAACAUGGGCCCAGCAGAGCUACAGCGCACAGGAGUGAUCAAGAGAAUGGACGGGGUCAUCGUGUUCGACACUUCGCGCGGCUCGUGCGUCACACUGGGCGAGGCACGGCGCCGCGACUACUUCAUCAUAUCCAGGACGCUCCUGGACGGCCCGCUCCACGUGGCCGUGCAGGACCAGUACAACGCGGCGCCGCACUCACCUGUGCUCCUGCGAGUUCCUCGCCUACGGGAAGAGAAGCGCUGGGUGCGGGUACUGCGGCGCCAACGGCGAUGGCCACUUCAGCUGCCCACAGGCUGCGCGACGGGGCCGACCUCGCGGCCGCGACUCCUGGGGCGCCGUAGGCAUGCGCAGGGGGAUGUGGACCGCUACUGGGGCAACCUGGCCAACGCGCACGAGGGGCACCUGAACAAGUACGUCAACUACGUCGGCCUGGACUGGCACGAGCGCAAGGGCCACCUGCAGCUGCCAACCUACGCCUGGGAUCAGCUCAGGCCGCCCACGGUGCGCGAGGCCGCGCGGGAGCAGCAGUGGGCGGAAGCAGCCGAAUGGCUGGGGCGCCGCUUGGAACACGUCAGCACCGCAGUGCGAGCGUGGUGGAGGGACGGGAAGCGUGAGACGUUGGUCUGGGCCCAGAACAACGCCAAGGGCAUCCUCGAGAAGGACAUCAUCGAGCCGCUCCUCGAGCGGAACCACCCAGCAUGGCGCGCCGAGCCCGACCAGGAGCAGGACAACGACGACGCCAUGGACGAGCAGGAGAACUCCGACAACCUGGACGAGUUAAACUACACAUGGCGCCGAGUCGAGGAGGACUGCCCGUUGGUCGGGGCGGAAGCGGCAGGAGAGCGCCGCCGACCGACGGGGCGGGGGCGAUGCACGGACAUCGGUUGGGGCAAGUUGGUGAACACAGUCGCCUGGAUCGACGCCGGGCGCAUCACCGAGAGGGGCUUGCACUGCGUGGACUGCGUGGCCAAGCUCAUGACAGUAGCCAACCAGCACACUUGGCGGCGAGUACGACAGGGAGCGACCCGAGACUGGCGACGCUGGGUGACCAUGCACAGCCAGGAGCUCACGCACCCGCAGGUGGCAGCGGACACGGCGCUGGAGGGCUGGGAGACGGUCUGGGCGGACAGCUACAACGCCGACGAGCCGUGGUGCCAGGCCACCAUCCUCUUCUACCUCGCGCCGAAGGCGGCAGGUGGCUUCCGCAGCCUGGGCCUUAUCCCCGAGCUGGCGCGCUUGUGGGAGACCAUCCGCAUUCCCUACGCGAGGCGCUGGGAGGCAGCAAACAAGCGAGCCUAUGACUGGGCACGCCGAGGGAGAUCGUCGGAACGCGCGGCAUGGCUACAGGCACUCUACUGUGAGGCCGCGCGGGCCGACGGACGCGACUAUGCGGUGACCUGCUUCGACCUGAUCAAGUGCUUCGAGUGGGUCGCCCAUCGGAAGGUUUGGGAGGCGUCGCAGAGAUGGGGCUUCAAUCCAAUCGUCAUGCGGACCGUCCUCAAGAUCUACAGCAUGGUGCGGCGCGUCGUCCUGGACGGGUACUACACCGACGGCAGGGCGUGGCAGCGCGGCAUCGUGGCGGGCAGCAGGUAUGCACCUUUCUGUCUCAAGAUGGUGAUCAUCCUCGAGCUGGACAGGCUGGUGCACCAGUUCCCCUGGGCGGACACGUGCCUCUUCUUCGACGACCUCGCCAUGGCCACGUACGGCAGGCACGACUACGUCGACGAGGUCCACCCGCGGCUCAUCGCGGCCGUGGUCUCCAUGUUCGAGACGACGCUGGACAUGGCCGUCUCGCGGGGCGCGGAGGGGAAGACGGUCGCCCUGACCUCCUCCACCGCGCUGGGCCAGCACAUCAACAAGAGUACCAGGCAUCUCGGCGUGAGAGUGGUCAAGCACGAGAAGCACCUGGGAGCGACAGCAACAGCAUGCAGACGGAGGAGAGUGGCCGCCAUCAACAAGCGGGCGCUCAAGUUUGCAGCGAGGGAAGCACGGGUGGCAGCCGUGCGCAGAGCAGGAGGAGCGACGCACAAGCUGAUCCGACAAGCCAAAGUGCCAGCCCUCCUCUACGGGUCCUCCGUCGUCGGCAUGGCAGACUCCAAGCUCACCGAGCUCAGGAAGAACGUGGCGGCGGCGAUGGAGGGCAACAACAAGGGAAGGUCCACGGCGCUCGCGCUGCUCAGCGACAGGGCCGACCCAGGCAUCCUCGCCAACAGCGGGCCCAUCAUGGCCUGGGCUACGGCGUGGCAGGAAGCGCUCGAGGACGACCAGCUGGCCGCGCGGCUCCAGAGCGCGUGGCGCACCUGGGUGAUGAAGAUCUACAAGUGCAAGGCCCCCUGGCUCACAGUGCGGGGGCCAGCGGGGGCUUUCGUGGCGACGGUCAGGCGCCUCGGCUGGAUGACGCAGGCCUCGCACACGGUCACCAUCGACGGGAACGUGCUCGACCUCCGCUACACCACGCUGCAGGAGAUCCAGCACCACGUCGCACGCACCGCGGAGAAGCAGCUGCAGGACGAGUGGGUGGGACAGUACGGCCGCCAGUACGGCAUCACCUCCAUCUUCCUGGCACCGGCGCAAGCACUACUACGACGGCCCCUCCAGGGCCGCUGGGCGCAGGCCCACCGCACUCGAGUGAGGGGCCUGUUCUGCGGAGGGACGUGGCCGCAGGCGCGGCUACACGCAGCAGGAGCAGCAACCGACAGCACAUGCAGAGCGUGCGGGCUGGCACCAGGCGCCGGCGGGCACCGCACCUUCGUGUGCCCAGCGCGCCAGCCACAUCGCGAUGUCGUCGGAGGCCUCCACAUUCAGCAGCGAGGAGCCAACCCCUGGCCAGGCCCAGGAGCCGACGCUCUCUGGGGGCGCGGCAUCACGGCCGACCCCGCCGACGAACUCGGGCUCUGGGAGUUAGCUUCGUGCGACGACUGGCUCACUGAGGGCAACUGGGACGGCCUCGCGACAGGGGACAUCUACGUGGACGGCUCGUUGCAGUUCGGCGACUACGCACCACUGCGACGAGGGGGAUGGAGCUUCACCAAGCUCAAAGACAACGACGAGUGCGACAUGGACUACGUGUGCUACGGGCCCCUCCCAAGCGCGCAGUGGGUCCAGAGCAUCCUGCGGGCGGAGCUCUACGCGCUGCUGCAGGCGCUGCGAGUGGGCACCCCGCCCAUGCGCAUUUUCACCGACUGCCAGAACGUCGUCGACGGCGUGACGGCAGGACCAGCGUGGCUCGACAAGAGGAGCCGCCCGCGCCUCGACCUCUGGGAGUGCAUCGACCAGGCCAUCGCAGAGCUCGGAGGCCUGGGCCCGCGCACCGUGCAGGUGCUGAAAGUGAAGGCCCACGCGACGCGCGCCGAGCGAGCAGCUAUCGGGCGCGCGCAGUGGGAGGGCAACAGAAUUGCUGAUCAGUAUGCCAAGCAGGGAGCUCUGUGCCAUACCCACCCUGUCUGGUGUAGAGAGAGCUACAUUCAGAAGUAUCGACUGGUUCGGGACAUCCUGGAAUUCGGAGCCUAUAUAGGAGUCCUGGGCCGUGAUAUUGUCGACACUGAGCAGGGCUCGAGUCCGACGGACUCGAACCCCCCCGACCCCCCCUCGGACCUCCUGGACCUUCCUGGGAACCUGGGGGCGGUCGCGGGCGAGGAGGGCGGGGCCCUGGUGGCCCCUGACCCCCCUGCCCCGCCCCUGGUGGCAGACCUCCCGUCUCGGGCCGCUCUGGACUGGGGGUGCACCAGGGUCGACAGAGCCCAGGGAGCGGGGCGCAAAAUCGUGACCCGCAGCACGUACGUCUUUUGCCGCAGGUGUGCCAGGUACGCCCGCGACAGGUGGACGGGCCUAUUCUCCCCAUGUCGCCCUGGGGCCCAAAGGGUGAUCGGGGUAGGCUGA